AUGGCUUCAUCAGCUGCUACACCAUAUAGCAUUCUUGGAGCAGAUAAAACAAGUGGCGACUUUCAACUGCGUAAGUUAUAUCGUGAACUAAUUCAUCAGUUCAAAGCAGAUCGACAGAAACCGUCUGAAAAACGUACGAUUUCGACCGAAAAAUUUCGAAAAAUUUGCCGUGCUUAUGAAACAUUAUCCGAUCAUGACAAACGAAAACGAUAUGAUGAGCGACAAGAGUGGAUUUCUGAUUUAGCAGUAUCCAAAUAUACACUUCAACAGUUAGCAGCGGAACCUGAUCUUUCAUUAGAAUUGAGGCGACGAUUGAAAAAUGCGACAUUAAGACAAAUUAAUGCACAAGAUUCAUUAACAGGUCAUACGCCGUUGUAUUGUGCAGCACGUGCUUGCAAUGUUGAAGCCGUACACUAUUUGAUUGAGCAAGGCGCCGAUCCUGAUCGACCACAGCGAACAGGAAGCACAUCUUUACAUGUUGCAGCAUUCUAUGGACAUCCAGAAAUGGUUCGUUGUCUAUUAGAAUGUGGAGCCAAUUAUGAGUUAAAAAAUACUCAUGGAAAUGUGGCCGAACAAGAAUCAUAUAAUAAUGAGGUUCGAAACACUUUUGCUGAAUUGAAACAGGCACCUUUUGUUCAAGCAGCUACUAAUCAACUUGACUGGUUCAAAAACAAUAUCAAGAACAUUCAAGAACAUAUUGAUACACAAUAUCAUGCUCAACAACAGACAUUACUUCAUUGUGCAUGCAAAAAAGGUUAUUUCGAUCUUGCUAGAUGGUUCAUCGAAGAACAUUCAGCUGAAUUCGACAUUGUUGAUAUCAAUUUGAAUUCGGCUCUACAUCUUGCUGCCUAUGGUGGGCAUGAAUCGAUUGUCGAAUAUCUUCUCAAUCAAGGUGCCAACUCAACUCUAAUUAAUAAAUGGGGUAUGACAGCUGAACAAGAAGGACUAGUUAAUGGUACUCGAAUUACCGACUUAUUUAGAUUAAUGCGUGAAAAGAAUAUGUUCGAUAUGGCAAAGGAUGGUGUGGAUUGGUGGUUUCACUAUCACUUUGAUGACAAAUCGUCUAAUGCUGUUGAUAACCAGGGUACAAGUUUACUCUAUAUUGCAUGCCGUUUCGGUCAAACAGCUGUUGCAAAAUGGCUUUUAGACAAAGGUGCAAAUAUAAAUGUACAAAUACCUGUCAAACGUAGUACGCCCUUGCAUGGUGCUGCAUAUAACGGACAUUUGUCUACAGUUCAGUUAUUGCUGUCUCGAGGUGCAGAUGUCAGUAUCAGAAAUCAAUUUGAUGCUACUGCUCUAGAUGAAGCCACAGAUGACGAAAUAAAAAAACUCUUACAAGAAUAUCGAAAUAAUUUAGCUGUUGACAAAUACAUUCCUGUGCGUUUGUUUGGGGAUGGUAAGGGUUCCGGGAAUGAACCAAUUGCAGAAGUGCAAUUACACUGUGAUGCAACGAUUAAUGAUUUGAUAAAGGCGAUACCAAAACCACAUCAUGAUAAAUAUCGAUGGUUCUCUAUUGCUCGAAGUCCUUUAGAUUUUGACAAUGAAACUACAACAUUAAUAUCAGCUGUGUGUCGUGCCCGUUAUGUAAGUUCAAGAUUCAUAGAUUUACCAAUAUGCCUUAUUACCUAUAAUUCUCCUCGUUAUAUGAAUAGUGGCUAUGCAAAGAGAGAUGAACUUCCCAGUCCUAACUUACGCGCUUUUCACGGCAAAUUUAAGUCAAAAUGUAAAGAUGCAUCUUUUCAAAUUAAAGCUAAAUCAAAUGAGACACAAACGUAUAACAUUAAAAAUUUGUUAUUCACUUUUUCAUCUGGCUGUGCUGAGAAAAAUAUUUCAAUUGAUUUAAAAUAUACUUUUGAACCAGAUGCUGAACAUUUUCAAUUACCCCAAUGUGUUUGUCUAUUCCAAACAAAUUAUACUGAUAAAAAUGACAAACUAAAUGAUAUGCCAACUGUAACAAUCAAUGAUGAAACAAAUGUGAAACUGUAUACGUGGAUGCCAAACUCUUCGUACUGGUUUUCCUAUAGUAAUCAACAUAAUCGUUUACCUCGCAUUGGUGGUCUACAUGCUUUGAUACGUCAUGUUGAGAUUUUUUCGAAUGCACUUUGUCUGCCACCCGACAUGUUCAUUCAAGCUGUUGUUGGACAGAAAUUUCAAUUAUGUCAAACUCCUGUGGCUUGUCAAUACCUUAACAUAUGCGAUUAUGAUUCGCAACUUUUCCCGCACACUGCCUAUCAUGGUACGUCUAUCAAUGUUAUUCGAUCUAUACUGAUGGACGGACUCGUAAUGCCAAGUACAGUUGUCUCUAACGGUUUUCGUGUCUGUCCACCUGCAAAUCAUAUUGCACGAGGACAAGAAGCUUUCGGUAUUGUCGAUUUCGCCAACGCAAUAUUUGUUAGUCCAAGCAUAUAUUAUUGUUCAGAUCCGGUCUAUGCUGUAACAUUUUCUCAUGAUGACCAACGCAUGAUAGCAGUACUGGAAUGUCGAGUAAAGAAAGACGCAUUUGGUGCUUUUCCGAGUACUGUGUCUACAUACAAAGCACAUCCAAGCGACAAUUUAAAAGCUAUCGAAUGGCGCAUUACCUGUCCAGCGGCUAUUCGAAUCACAGGGAUUCUGUUCAUUCCGGUUAUCAAAUCACGAACUGAAGCAGCACGAUUACGAGCUAAAAAAUUAGAUGUUGAUCCUAAUGCUCUUGGAUAA